UUUGUCAUAUCAAUUGUUCUACGUCUUCUUGCGUUUUUUAUCCGUGGAUUACAUGGUAAUAAUGGAAGAAGAACUUUCGUGAACGAUCUGACUUUAAAUAGAUAAUAAGCGCACCCAUUGGGCGUUGGUGGACUUAUCAAUAUGGGUACGCGGAGAAUAAUGACUAUGAUUGCCGGGGCACUUCUUAUAUCCAUAUUUAUGAAUAUAUCCAUGUUUUUCACCGUCAUUCGACAAGAUCAGCUGAAUACGCUGAAUGUCGACCCGUAUAAUGACACCGAGGAUAAGAAACUAGAAGAAUCGCAGUACAGUAAUAUGGUACGGAAUUUUGCAAGAUCCAACACUAAAGUCAGCGAUCUAGUACGGUACGGGAAAUCGUUCCAUGACGCGACGAUUACCAGAAUGCGAAGUGUACUCAACUACAGGGAUUGGAAAUGGGACGCCAAUAACCAGAUUAAUCAACUAUAUCAGCUGUUAUACACUACGAAAAAUAAGCACAAUACUACAUUGAACAAAGUGUACGAUUUGUAUGAUCAAUUCAAAGCCAACUUCUGGGCGCAAAAACCUCAAGAAAUCGAACGGACGAGUUCAGUUAUAAAUACUGACGAAGAUGAAGUUGUCAAAGAGAGAUUCGUAGAAGCGAUGGAGAACUUCACAAUGACUGAAGUCAUUGAUGAUGACGAUGAAGACUAUGACGAAGAACCACCAGUUAGUCGGAAAAUAGCCAAACCAAUGAAAACACUCCCAACAGUCUCUAUAAUGCCCGACAGCCGCACUCUGCAGUUUCCAGUGUCUAUAAAUCCAAAUACAGGUUUUCCCAUUGAUAUAACACAGUAUUGGAACGAAUCGAGGGUAGUAUACAAUUGCGUUGAUCAAUGUGGUAGUCAGUCAGUCUUAGCUGUUAUCGGUAUCCUAUCGUUUGAACACAACUUUCGAUCGAUUUGGAAUCGAGUCCGACGGUACAACCUGACCACAAAACGCCAAGAAGCGGCCGUUACCAACAUCAAUACACGGCUACCACCGUAUGUAUUCAACAGGCAUAUAUAUUAUCUAGACUUCGAUCUAUUCGGAAUACACAACCCUACGUACAUUAACCUCAUUCGCGAGCCACUUCCCCGAUUUCUGUCAUGGUACUAUACGCAUAAAAUAAACGAACCAAAAGUCUCCGGAACGAGGAUGUACGAACCCCUGAAUACACUGUCAUUCGACGAAUGUGUACUCACCAAUAACAAAGUGUGCAGCGAGAAAAACGCCUUUCAAGUUAUUCCUUACUUUUGCGGACAUUCACCGGACUGUCAAUUGCCUAGUCGCUGGGCGCUUGAAAUGGCUAAGAAGCAUGUGGUCGAAAAAUAUGCCUUUGUAGGCGUGUUGGAAGACUUGGACAGCUCUCUGCGUAUAUUUGAAAUAUUGAUGCCACAAUUUUUUGAAAGUGCUUCAAAAGUAUAUAAAACCAUGGUAAUGGGUCUCAAGAAAUACGAGUUUUAUAAAACCGUGCCAACUCCCACUCCUUCCGACGCCGCGAUACGCCUCAUGAGCGAAAGACUGGAACUAGAGUACCAAUUUUAUAGUUUCGUCAGAACGCGCAUGGAACUUCUGAAAAAACAGUUAUUGUUAUCACCAAACUUUAAGUAG